AGGUCACAUAACACACAACAACUGUCAAUUCAAGUCCAAAAUUUCGUUUCUUUAUUCAAAAACAGAAAACUGAAUUUACCCCAAAAGACUCUUGAUUUGCUUAAAAACAUCGUUUAUAUUUCUUCUUUUCAACACUUUUAACGAUGACGAUCAUUAUUUUAUAAUAAGAGAACUAACCUCACCAGGGUGAAGAUGGCAAGUAAUUGCCCUGAUUUCAGUUAUUGCUGUGAAAUUUGCGGCCUGGAGGGCCUCAGCGAGGACGAAUUCCGCAGCCACACUCACAACGCUCACGUAGAAGGUUUCGGCGUGUGCCCCUUUUGCGAAUUAACCGCCGCCAAUCCUGCGGAGCUCAUUAUUCACGUUAACCAGGCUCACUUGGACUUUUUAACACCCGAGUCUGAGAAUACUAUAAGCUUUAUCGAUGAUCCUAGUCCUAGUGAAUAUAAUGGUUUCAAUGGAGAAAGCAGUGUAACAUGGAACAAUCCAGCCACAUACUCCUCCAACAGAAGCCUGAAUGGAGAGAAACUAGAUAACAAAUCAACUUACUCAAACAUUAACCUUAGUCCAAAAGUUAAUGGUGGGGGUGAACUAACCCCAAAAAAUUCGAGCCAUGGUGAAGGAUCACCACUUAGAUCUGGUUUGGCACUCAAAUUAAAAAGCGCCUCACCAGCUUUACAGUGUCCGAUGUGCAACUAUACUAGUGGUAGCCCCAGUGAUUUAGAAGAGCAUGUCAACAGGAGACAUUUUGAUUUAACUUCCCCAUCGGUGGGCAGCAUGGGCCUGGAAGAAUGUUACUCAUGUCCCUUAUGUGUAAAAUCGUUUCGUUCCGCUCCAGACUUAGAGUUGCAUGUGAACAUUGAGCAUAAAGAUGUACUGUCUCCUGCCAGCCCCUCUGCUUAUAAUUGUCCCGUGUGUGGAUUGGCUUUGGAUAGGGAAAGUGAUGGUGAAUUGGCCCAACAGCAUGUAGACUCUCAUUUUACAGCUGGAUCACCACAACCCUGCGACAGGGCAGCCCUACGCGAAAGAGAACGCAAAGAGUUCGAAAUGCUCCGCGCCCAAUACGGGAUGGACAAUCAGGUGGGGAAUUUCCGAGAGCAAUCGGUUACUAACAUGCAACGGGCGGUUUACGCGGGUGAAAUGAGCGUCGCCGACUACUACGAGCGUCAGUUGGAUCUUAAGGCGGCCGAAAGUUCGGGGGUGGACGAUGGAAAUUCCGUAACCAGGAGCAUGGUUCCGAGGGUGAAAGCGAUGAGCGCCAACUCACAAUCGGUAACUCGUACGCUACUGUGCACCUGCGUGGAUCAUUACGCGUCUUCUUACGGAGAUCGGGGCUGGGGCUGCGGUUAUAGGAACACGCAAAUGAUCAUCUCGAGCCUGCUCACUCACACGGGAUAUAACGAGCGACUGUACAAGCUGUGGCAAAAGGAAAAACCGCCCAGGAGUUCGGUGCCGAGCAUAUCGCGACUGCAGAGUCUUAUAGAGCAGGCUUGGUCGCAAGGUUUCGAUAUACAGGGUUCUGAACAGUUGGGAUGUAAACUAGUCAACACGCGGAAAUGGAUCGGGGCAACAGAAGUGGUCACCCUGCUGUCGUUCCUGCGCAUCCGAUGCCAAUUGGUGGAUUUUCAUCGGCCUACUGGUCCCGGCGGUUCACACCCGGAAUUAUUCAAAUGGGUCCUGAACUAUUUCGAGAGUAGCGCGGGCGGAGAGUUUACCGCCCCCUUAUACUUACAGCAUCAAGGUCACAGUAGGACCAUCAUGGGCAUCGAGGUGCACCGGGACGGCAGUCUGGUACUGUUAGUUCUCGAUCCGAGUCACUCGCCGCAACAGAUGGCGCAACUGGGGGACACCAGCGCGACGACCGCAGGGGCGUUCAGGUUAUUGCGGAAAAGUGAGGCGGCGAUGAAAGCGAAACAGUAUCAGAUAGUCGGUGUUAUCGGGACUAUUGAUAACGAACAACAGUAUCAGGUUGGAGAUGAUGUCUGGGGGCCCAAAUACAUUGAAAACCUUAAAACCGAAAAGGUGAAUGUGGAUCAUGUGAAAAUAACUGAAAACUGUAGCAGUGGCAUUGCCCAAAUCAUUGUGGCUGACUCAGGAAUGAAUCAAAUAGUUAUUGUAGCUGGUGCCAAUAGUAAACUUAGCUUAGGGGACAUUGAGGAGGCAAAAGAGCUGAUUAAGUCUGCUAAGGUGCUUGUUUUACAACUGGAGACUCCUGUGGAAACUGCCAUAGCUGCUAUGAAGCUUGCUAGAGGAAUAUCUAUAUUAAAUGGGGCACCUGCUCUGUCAGAGUUUAAAGAAGAACUUAUAAAGUUGCCCACUAUUUUUUGUGUCAAUGAAAGUGAAGCCUCUACUUUUACAGGGCUUCCAGUGAAUAAUGAACUAGAAGCUGUACUAGCUGCAAAGUUUCUUAUAACCAAAGGCUGCCAAAGUGUAUUAAUUACUUUAGGAGAACAAGGUGCUAUUUAUCUUACAAAUGACCCAAAUAAGCCAAUAUUGAAGACAACAGCCCCUAAAGUGACUGCUAUGGAUACCACAGGGGCUGGAGAUGCUUUUAUUGGAGCUCUAGCCCAUUGUUUAGCUAAUAGCUGCGACAUGGAAGAAGCUAUUCAGUUUGCUUGCGGGGCUGCAUCAGACAGCGUAACGAGAUUAGGGACCCAAAUCAGUUUUCCUGAUAUAAAUAUGCUUAAGGAAGCUGGAAUAAAGAUUGUUUGAAAAAUAAAACAAAUUUAUAAAUAACGAUA